AUGGCCAGGUUGUCUACGCCAUUUCUUGUAGGUGAAAACCACAGUGAUACUUCAAUGCAGCUUGCUUCCUGGCUCGCUCUCGGGCUGAGAAUUAAUUACCGAAUGGCAACAUCUGCAUUAGCGGCUCCUGCAGCCCCAGCUCUCUGCAGGCGGGGUCACACUCGUUCCCCACCAGAUGUAGGACCGCUCGGAGGACUUGCCUGCUGGCCACCUGUCUCGGAUCCCCGCAGGCUGGAGCUCGGGAAGCCGCGGUGUGCGGUGGGGAGGGCGGCAGGAGCCGACCGCGGGGCGAGCAGGGGCGCCGCGCCUCCGCGCCAGCGGCACCGUGACACCGCCCCGCCGCUCCGCUCCUCUCCGCUGCCGGCCCCGGCCCCGAUCCCCAUCCCCGCACUCGCCCCGGCCCCCGGCCCGCUCCACCUUCCCCCCAGCCCCAGCCCUAGGCCCGGCCCUGAUCCCUGCACUGGCUCCCGCCCCGCUCCGCCCCAGCCCCGGCCCCCAUCCCCGCCGCCGUCCCCCGGCUCCGCAUCUGAGCCAGGCAAGGGAGGACGAUCGGAGUCCUGGAGGCCCGAGGGGCGCAGAGGAAGAAGGAGGAGCUGA